AAUUUAGAUUCUAACUUUAGGUAACAACAUUUAGGAGAGAAUCAUUUGCUGGAUUGUUUUCUUACGUAGAAAUUCGAUUUCUUAUCAACGAUGGAUGUUGCUGAUCAAAGAACCGGAAUUACUCAAGUGAAGGAUGACGUUGCAGAGAAAUGUCAGAAGCUGUUUCAAGAUUUUUUAGAAGAAUUCACAGUGGACGAUGAUGUGAAAUAUUUGAGAGAUGUCCAGGAGUUGAUCCGGCCAGAGAGGAAUACUCUUAAUGUGAGCUAUGAAGACAUCCAGGAAUAUAAUCAACAGCUUGCAACCACCAUACAGGAGGAAUACUACAGAGUGUAUUCUCAUCUCUGUCGAGCGGUGAGGAACUUUGCUCGUGAUCACACACAGGUUCCACCAAACAAGGAGUUCUACAUUGCCUUUGAAGACUUACCAACCAGACACAAGGUUCGUGAGAUGACCACGGCUAAGAUUGGUACUCUGAUUCGAAUCAGUGGUCAAGUGGUCCGAACCCAUCCUGUCCAUCCUGAGCUGGUCAGUGGAACGUUUGUUUGUCUCGAUUGCCAGACACAGAUCAAAGAUGUUGAGCAGCAGUUUAAAUUCACACAGCCUACCAUAUGCAGGAAUCCAGUAUGCGCUAACCGUAGCCGUUUCAUGCUGGACACAAACAAGUCUCGCUUUGUGGACUUCCAGAAGGUCAGAAUCCAAGAGACACAAGCAGAGCUACCCAGGGGAAGCAUACCACGCAGUGUUGAAGUUGUCUUGCGAGCAGAAGCCGUUGAGCGCCCCCAGGCAGGUGAUAAAUGUGAUUUCACGGGAACCCUCAUCGUAGUACCGGAUGUAUCGACGCUCUCCAUGCCAGGUGCACGAGCAGAGACAGCAGCCCGUGGUAAGGGUGGUGCAGGAUUUGAUCAAGAGGGUGUGAGGGGACUCAAGGCUUUAGGUGUAAGGGAUCUAUCUUACAGGUUAGCCUUCUUAGCUAACUAUGUCACAGCAUCGAACCCAAGGUUUGGUGGACGAGACAUGCGAGGUGAGGAGAUGACUGCGGAAGCCAUCAAGAAACAGAUGACGGAUCAAGAAUGGCAGAAGGUUUAUGAGAUGAGUCAAGACAAGAACCUCUACCACCACCUCAUCACGAGUCUCUUCCCAACCAUUCAUGGUAAUGAUGAAGUGAAGAGAGGUAUUCUGCUGAUGUUGUUUGGAGGAGUUCCCAAGACAACGAUGGAAAAAACCAGUCUCCGUGGUGAUGUAAACGUGUGCGUUGUUGGUGACCCCAGUACAGCCAAAAGCCAGCUUCUCAAAGCUGUUGAAGAGUUUAGUCCAAGAGCAGUAUACACAAGUGGAAAGGCCAGCUCUGCCGCAGGUCUCACAGCAGCCGUAGUCAGGGAUGAAGAAACAUCAGAGUUUGUCAUCGAGGCUGGUGCAUUGAUGUUGGCUGAUAAUGGUGUGUGUUGCAUCGAUGAGUUUGACAAGAUGGACGUCAAGGACCAGGUGGCUAUACAUGAAGCCAUGGAACAACAGACCAUCUCCAUCACCAAGGCUGGUGUCAAGGCCACCCUUAAUGCUCGUACCUCCAUCCUGGCUGCUGCCAACCCUAUAGGAGGGCGCUAUGACAAGACAAAACCACUCAAGCAGAACAUCCAGCUCUCCGCUCCUAUCAUGUCCAGAUUCGACCUUUUCUUCAUCCUGGUGGAUGAAUGCAACGAGGUGACCGACUAUGCCAUUGCCAGACGUAUUGUAGACCUGCAUGCCAGGAGGGAGGAGAGUGUGGAGAGGCAUUACUCAGUAGAAGACAUGCAGAGAUACCUCAUGUUUGCCAGACAGUUCAAGCCAACAAUCACCAAAGAAUCCCAGGACUUCAUGGUGGAUGAAUACCGUCGUCUGAGACAGCGAGACAGCGGGUCGACCACGUCGUCAUGGCGAAUCACCGUCCGUCAGCUCGAGAGCAUGAUCCGACUCUCGGAGGGAAUGGCGAGGUUGCACUGCCAGGACGAGGUCCAGCCCAAGCACGUGAAGGAGGCCUUCCGUCUCCUCAAUAAAUCCAUCAUCCGGGUUGAACAACCGGUCAUCAACUUUGAAGAGGAGGAAGACGAUGGACCCCAGCUGGAUGAGGAUACGGCGACCCCGGUGGAAUCCAUGGAAACGGACACGCCUCCCACCCAGGAGCAGACGACGCAAGACUCUGCCGCUCCUAGCCCCUCGAAGAAGAAGGGAUUGCACAUGUCGUUUGAAGAGUACAAGAUGACGUCAAACCUACUUGUUAUCUACAUGAGACAACAGGAGGAGAAGGAAGAGGAGGGCUUUGAAGGGGUGAGGAAGAGUGACGUGGUGAACUGGUACCUGAAGGAGAUGGAGGAGGAGAUUGAGACGGAAGAGGAGCUCAUCGAGAAGAAGACCAAAGUGGAGAAGGUCAUCGACAGACUGGUUCAUAGGGAUCAUGUGAUCAUCGAGCUAGCCAAGACAGGACUGAAGACAAGACGAGUCGGUACCCCAGCUGUAGAGGGGGAAGAGAUGGUUACCGAAGAAGACCCCCUCCUGGUCGUCCAUCCGAACUUCUCCAUCGAAGACUAGGCCUCCCGGAAGACUGAAUGCUAAAUUAUUGAUAUGAACUGAUAACGGGUGGUGAUGUCACUUGCGUUGACGAGACUGCGACGAAGAUGGAUGUGGAAAAGAUGGGCUAUGAUUCUUAUAGGGGGUUUUCCUGGAUGAAGCUGUGACAUUCCACUAUUUCACAAACUUUGAUGUUUUAUCUGAUUAUGAUAUUGAUACUAUUUGCAUCUCGGAUAGUGCUUGUAUCUACCAUGCAAGGUGCUCCAAUAUUACUUCCACUGUAGCUCAUCUACUGAUCUUCUUACAAAGUACCCACUUUUCACCACACCCAGUUGUUAAAUGGGUACCCGGUACAAUGCUAACAUCAAUGUAGUUUGCUCAGCAUUGUGAGCGUCUGUAAAAUGGCACCUCGCUGGAAUGCUCCCCAGGGAGUAGAGAUUGUGCAUUUAUCUGCAUGUCAUGCCUUAUUCCUACUGAAUGUUUUCUCAUAUGAUGAGUAACUUUGAUUGUACAUUGCUCGUAUUAAAAUGUACUUUAAUUAAACCUGGUUAAUUGGAUCAACUUUGCUUAAUUUUGUCAAGAUGAUAGCAAAUUAGCCCCAUCAGUCUAAAUGAACAUUGUUGGCUUAGAGCCUGAGGGGCAUAUCUUCAAACGUGGAGUUGAGUCGUUCUGCCUCUCAACAGAGCAUAUGAUGGCAUUAUACUGCUUAUAAGGGGGAUAAUUCAAAGGAAACUAGUUGAAUGAAAUUCAGAAUAUGGUUAUUUGUAUGUGUACAUAUGUGAAUAGAAUGCUAAUUAUGUCAAUAGUAUCUUUUUUGUACAGGAUCUAAACCUCAAUUAUUGUGAGUUGAUGGAAAUGCAUAAGUUAAACUUCAAAACGAUUGGGUACAUGUAAUGUACUGCAUUAUCAUUUAUUGAUACAUGUUAGCUGUAGGCUGGCAAUACUGUCGCAUUCACAGAUUAUAAGUACCAGUACUGCUAAUUUUUUGCUUCAUGGAGACGUAAAGAAGGCAUUCCUAACCUUGUACCCGGGACCCGUUCCACAAAGCCUUUUUCAAUGACGAAUGAAAAAAAUGGAUUUCAGUAGCUUAUAACAAAGACUGUCAUUUAUCACCGAUAACAAGUUUCGUGAAACGGGCUCAUGGUUUCAUGCUAGAUGUAUAUUUGUAAUACUUUGUCUUUGUUUAGUUUGGGUACAGAAAACACCGGAGAUGAAAGUCGUGCAUUUUGUAAAAGCUACAUUAAGUUUGUGUGAUUGCUUGAAAUAAAGUUGCAUUAUAUUCCUGA